UUACGAUUUCCGUUUUAACACUGUAGUCUCCACUGAAAGAGAUCGCCUCCCUUUCGAACAAGCUCGAGGACCACACUUGUUGCCGUCCUCCGCUUCUCCCGGUUCUGCAGCACUUCUAAGUGGAACACCAGGAGGAACAAGUGCUAGAAGUAGUGCUAGUGCUAGCCUAGCCGCUGGCACUGUAACAACUGCACCUUCUACAGGUGUAACUCCUUCUCCAACCUCUUCCCCACCUUUUUCGUCAUCAUUGAGCAACGUUCUCGUUUCCUAUGCAAACUACGAUGCUCUCGAGUUCGUAGAGAAUUGGAGACAGUUGCCUCGCAUGGACUUCAAGGCGAGACAAGAUUCCUCUUCUGGCUAUUCUUUCAAUUAUGGCGCGAGAACUACACAUCAAUUCAUUUCUACAAGAACUCAUUUCCCACUUGUUCCUUCUUAGGAAUGGGAGAAAUGCAGGCAAGUAGAAAUGAAUGGCUUGGAGCUCUAAUUCGAUAUCUCCGUGACUGAAGCUGAGAGACGCGCAGGUCUGCUAGUUACCCUGAAACAGCACAGAGAUUGGGCCUACGGCACCUCCUACCAUGAUUGGCAACUGGAGUGGAACAGGGCCCUGCAUCGUGCAGUUAUGGAGACGCAGGGAAAGGGAGACCUCCCUUCGGGACUAGUAGAACAGCCUUCUCUCUACUACCGAAGAGCUUAUUGGCAUCUACUCUACCCAAAGUACGCAGCACCUGCGCCAAAGGACGACAAGCCUGGUCCUCCAACGCAGUUUCUAUCUCCGAGGACAGGAGUAAGUCCUAGCGCUAGUCCUAGUGCUAGUACACCACCUUCAGGCUCUAGC